CUCUCUCUCUCUCAAAGAGAAGCAAAGCAAAGCCAACCAUGGGCGACGAGAAAGCGAAACCAGUGGCCGGAAAAGAAGAGCCGAGAAUCCCAGUGUUCACAGUCCUCAAGAACGGCGCGAUUCUCAAGAACAUCUUCCUCGUCAACAAACCCUCGCCACCGCCGCACUCUCAACCCAUCGCCGCCGUCCAUGAAGAAAUCUUGAUCGUCGGUCGCCACCCCGACUGCCACAUCGUCCUGACUCACCCCAGCGUCAGCCGAUUCCACCUCCAAAUCCUCUCCAUUCCUUCCUCCCACAAGCUCUUCCUCACCGACUUAUCUUCAGUGCACGGGACUUGGAUCUCGGAGAAGAGGAUUGAGCCGGGGGUUCGAGCUGAGCUGCGGCAAGGAGACACGCUCAGGGUUGGCGCUUCUAGCCGCCUCUAUAGGCUUCACUGGCUUCCUCUGAGCCACGCCUAUGAUCCACUCACUGUUGUGAAUUUCAAGGCCGAAUCUGAUUGUUCUGAUAUGAAUUUUGAGGGUAUGGAGUCUUUGUUCUCUGAUGAAAAUAUUGGAUCAAUUCCGCCUUCAGCGUCUGAACAAGGAUUAAAAGAUGAUUGCCAAGAGAAGCAAAUAUAUGAGACUCCUGAAAUGGACCAGGUUGUGGAUAUAAUGCCAAUUGAUAACGCAGAAAUUGAAUCUACUGAAACUAUUUCUGAGGUUGUAGAAUCUCUAGUCUGUGGUGAUAGUUCGGGAUUUAUUGGGAGGAAGGAGAGGCUGUCAGCUCCUCCAACGCCUGAAGAAGAAGAAGAAGACCAGAGUGAUCAUGGUGGCGAGAACUUGUCAAAAGUUGUUAGCCAAGAGAAUGAACUCUCAAGCUUCUGGGCCUUUGGAACUGAACCGAUGAACCUGUUUUUUCCUCUUGAUGACUCUACUUCUAAUUCAAAUGUAAACCAGUACCAGCAACUUAAUUGUGUCUCGGGAGGUUCCGAACUAAAUAACAGCACAGAGCUUUCUUAUUUCGAUGAAAAAGAAGGGGAAGAAGCUUCUUUCAUUGGUCAAGUGUUGGACGAAGAUCAGGGACAGAGUAAUAUCUCUAGUCUUUCAGCUGGACAUUUUAUGAAAGAGAAUUCAUCCUUGCUGAUUGGAGAAGUCCUUGCAGAGACCAAACAUCAACAAGUAGAAGAAAAUCUGGCCUUAGAAUCAAAAUCAGACUUGUUGAUUAAUCUGGAUAGGAAACGCUUUAUAACAAAAGAUCUGGGAGAGACUGAUCGAUUGUGUCUAUCUUCUGAACCUCUUGAAUAUUCUGAUGACAAGGUAGAGGGAGCCUAUCCUUCUGCGCAAGUAUCUGAAAGAACUGACCACCAGACUGAUAGUGAUUUGUGUCUUUCAGAUGGACCUUUUCUGAUGGAGAACUCAUCCUUGCUGGUCGGUGAAGUCCUUGGGGAGAUCAACAAUCAUUCAGAUGAAGAGCAAAACCCGGUACAUAAACCAAUCGUGCUGGUUAACCUGGAUAUUGAGAUUACUAAUGAAAUCAGAUGUCUUAUUGAUGAAAGGUGUGGAGAAACUGAAAAAAGAAAUGUGUCACCCAGAAACCACCAUGAAAAGAGGAACAUCAAAACCAUCCCCUCUGUGCCUCAAGUCACAAAUUCUGCCUGCUCAUUUUCAACAGAUGGGGUUCUCUCAGAUUUAAUAAUUGAUAAAGAGAAUGAGACUCCACAAUCUAUCUACGCUGCAGGAGGACAGCCUGAAUCAGAAUUCUGUGAAAGCCCUCCCUUGACAUGUGAAGAUAAGUCAAUCUUUGGAGAAAGCAUUUGGGCUAGAAGAGGGAAACCUGCUAGUGCUGUUCGGAUUCAAACAGAGACAAGCAGAGAAAGAACAACUGUUGAGGCAGGAAUUGUUGAUGAUAAUGAAAUGGAGGUGGAAAUAUUCACCCCAGACAAGGAGAAUCUGACACCAAAUACUCUUCUUUUAAGGUCUUUGAAAAAAAAGAAUGAGGUAGAAAUUAAGUUUGAUGAUACUCAACAGGAGGCUGAACUCUUUACGCCUGACAAGGAAAAUUUAACAACAAAUACUCUUCAAUUGAGGUCCUUGAAAAAGAAGGGGAAGCUAGAACGAAUUAAUUCCUACUCCCUCGGAUCAUCUUCGUCGAAGAGAAACUCGAUCUCCAAUAUUCCUGGAGAAGAUCUGCUUCUAUCCCCAGGAAAAAAGAACCAGAAAGUGAAGGAUCUCCAAGAAAGACAAUCAGUAGAAGCUACUACCAGGAAUCAAGAAAGGCUGGAAAAGAAGUUGAUGCUCACUAAAUUAGGCACAAACAGAAGGCCAUUCCAGUCACUAAAAAAUCCUGCUGGCAAGAACAGAACAUCAGAAGCUUCAGUCUCCGAUAUGGCUGCUAAAAGCUGCACAUUUCUUGCUUGUAGUCAAACAACGGAGAAGGUCAAGAAUCCACUCUCUAAUAAAUUACUUGGAGAAGGAAAGAGGGGCUGGACUAUGGUUGCAGACACUAAUACUCUCCUUGACAAGGAAUCAAGGAAAGCAUUGCAAUUUCUACAAGGUCUCAAGGGCACUCAUCUGAUCAUUCCAAAAAUGGUUAUACGGGAACUGGAUUGCUUGAAACAGUGUGGCAGCCUGUUCAGAAAGAAAACAGAGGCUUGUUUGGUUCUGGAAUGGAUUGAAGAGUGUUUGGUAAAAACAAACUGGUGGAUCCAUGUUCAGAGCUCACAGGAAGAUGGAAGACUGACCGCUCCAACCCCUCCUGCUUCUCCACAGUCUCUUUUUAGUGAAAACAGUCGGGAACCUACUUCUGGAACAACAAGCUCAUUUUCCUACUUAAGACGUUGGAGCUCUAUGGGACUUGCAUCGCCAACAGCAGAAGAUCACAUACUUGAUUGUGCUCUUUCACAUAGGAAGAGGAGUAAUGAGGGACAUCUUGUCCUUCUAAGUAAUGAUAUCACAGUGAAGAUCAAAGCCAUGGCAGAGGGUUUGAUUUGUGAGACAGCUCAAGAAUUCCAUGAGAGUCUAGUGAGCCCGUCUUCUGAUAGGUUUAUGUGGGCUGGUAGCUGUCCUCAUGGGCGUACUUGGUCCUACUUAGCUGAUGUUGUUUUAGCAGAGAAGUAUAAUCGCUGCCAACUGAAGAAGGUGCCAAAGGGAGAAGGAGGUGCCAAAGGUCUGAAGCUCAUUUUGCUCCACAAUUCUCAUUAUGGGCAGAUCCGUUAGAUCAGCUAACACUCUUUAGCCUGUAUUGCAAUAGCUUGACUGCUUUGCUGAUUAAUCUGUUGCUUCUAUUGCACUUGACAAUGCAAUUGAUAUGAGCAUGAAUGGCAUAUUCUACAUUCUUAUAGACAUGAUGCAAUAUAUGUUUGAAGCUUAGAUAAAAUGAAAUUCGUGCAUAGAAUGAGAUUCAUCGCCUUUUUAUGUAAUUUGUGCGCUCAAAUUACAGCACUAGUGAGGUGCAACAGGUUAUACAAAAAUGAGUUCUGAUGAUGUUCGCAUUGUUUGGUCCGAGUUGCUUCCAGUGAUGUCAUUGUGUUCCAAUCCUCCCAAAUAAACGA